GGCUCAGACGCCGCGCGGGGCGGGGAUUGGUCCGCGCUUCCCGGUCCGGUUCUCCCCGUCGUCGUCGGUUCCCGGGACACCUGCUCGCUCGGCGCCUCCCCGCCACCUUCCCCCCCACUCCGGCCUCGCAGCGCUCCGGGCGGAGAGGAAACUUCGGCCACCGUGCCCUCCCCCAGCUCCCGGCGGGAUCCCGCGGAGCGGUCGCCGCGCGACAUGAGCGCGGACUCGGCGGCCGGGGCACCUCUGCCCCGGCUCUGUUGCCUCGAGAAGGGCCCGAACGGCUACGGCUUCCACCUGCACGGGGAGAAGGGCAAGGUGGGCCAGUUCAUCCGGCUGGUGGAGCCGGGCUCGCCGGCCGAGAAGGCGGGGCUGCUGGCCGGGGACCGGCUGGUGGAGGUGAACGGCGAGAACGUGGAGAAGGAGACGCACCAGCAGGUGGUGAGCCGCAUCCGCGCCGCGCCCAGCGCCGUGCGCCUGCUGGUGGUCGACCCCGAGGCGGACGAGCAGCUCAGGAAGCUCGGCGUCCCGAUCGGGGAGCAGCUGCUGCGCGCCCCGGAGGGGCCGGGAGCGGCCGAGCCGCCGGCCGCCGCCGCCGAGACGCCGGGGGCCGGCGACCCGCGCGGGGCGCACGAAGCCGAGAAGAGCCACCUGCCUGAGCUUCGGCCUCGGCUCUGCACCAUGAAGAAAGGUGCCAAUGGCUACGGCUUCAACCUGCACAGUGACAAGUCCAAGCCAGGCCAGUUCAUCCGGGCAGUGGACCCAGACUCACCAGCCGAGGCCUCUGGGCUCCGGGCCCAGGACCGCAUUGUGGAGGUGAAUGGAGUUUGCAUGGAGGGCAAACAGCACGGGGAAGUGGUGUCCGCCAUCAAGGCCGGAGGCGACGAGGCCAAGCUGCUGGUGGUAGACAAGGAAACGGACGAGUUUUUCAAGAAGUGCAAAGUGAUCCCGUCUCAGGAGCACCUGAGUGGCCCUUUGCCGGAACCCUUCACCAACGGUGAGAUACAGAAGGCAAACAGUAGUGACGCCCUGGGGGAGGCCGUCUCCGAGAGCCCCAGGCCAGCCCUGGCAAGAUCCACCUCCAGUGAUACCAGUGAGGAGCUAAAUUCCCAAGACAGCCCCAAGAAACAGGACUCCACAGAGCCCUCCUCUACCUCCUCCUCUGACCUCAUCCCGGACUUCAACAUCUCCCUGGCUGUGGCCAAAGAGAGGGCCCACCAGAAGCGCAGCAGCAAGCGGGCCCCACAGAUGGACUGGAGCAAGAAAAACGAACUCUUCAGCAACCUCUGAGUGCCCAGCCCACCGGGGCCAGAAGGGCCAGGGCUCCCCCACCCUAGCUCCCUCUCUCCUCCCGUUUCCCACCAAAUCAACGCUCCAAUCAACACCAGCAUCUCCCUUCUUGAUGAAUCUGAUUGUUCUAGAAACUUGGUCCCUCCCAUGUCAUGCCUUAAGGAAGGUGAAUGUCUUUCCUGUCCUGUCCCAAUCAAAAAGCAGACUCUGUCCCCAACUUCUCCCUGAGGGCCCAUUCCCAGGCCACCCUGCACCGCACAUCGCUGGGACCCCUGAGUCAGACGAGGCCGUUCUCUCCGAUGGCCCCACGUCAUGAUCGGGUCUGGGAACCGACGCCAGCGGUCACCAUGACAGUGGACCAGGCGCCAAGCAUCCUGAGAGCUGUGGCCUGGGCUUUGUUAUUAUUUUUUAAGUGUAGUAUGUUGGGGGGGGGGGGCGUGUUCCCUGAUUCUCACGAUUUUUCCUGGUUGCUCCACCUAGGGCAUGGUAGCAGCCUCAGCCUUAAAUUUUUUUUUUCUACUUCCAUCCUUCAAGACCUACGUUGUGUGGGGCAGGCCUGGAUGUCCCGGCCUAUCCUUGAACCAGGCACCACCACUGUAAGGAAACGUCUUCAGAAAUUCAGCUGCUCCAAACUG